AUGUCAGAAGAAGAGAAAGAGCUUCUUGCCCGCAUCGGACAACUUGCGGGUCAGAUCAACCGCCACAAGAACCAGCAAGCAGGAGUACGGUCGCAGCCAUCCCACCACCCAGCGCAUCAUAGGAGCAACGCAUAUCGUAACGCGAGCUCGCCCUACCCGGCCCGAUCGCAUAGAGUGGCACGGCCGCCGCCGGCUCACCACCAUCGAACAUUGCAGCUCAAUGCCACAAACUCCCCGAGUUCCCGAUCUGCCAGCAGCGGCGCCGAGACCCCACCCGGCUGGGUUUCCAAGACGGAUCGCCACCGACAACUCAUUAAUGCGAACGUGUAUGAGAAGGAGACGCAGAACCGGGCCAAGGCGAUCGAACAGACGAGACAGCGAAAGAUCAGCGGCCAUCGGCAACGCGAGAAGGCCCAGUUUGACGAGUUCAUGAAACACAAAGCCAGUGCCUCAAAUGCACAGACUAACCCCACAGGCCGCAACGAGCUAUCUGUUGAAGGCAUCCAGUUCCGCGUCGUCGACGGUGGCAAGAAGCUUGUAAAAGUCUCUGGUGCGUACACACCCCAGACAGCCGACGCUCAAUGUGCCUUACCUAGCGCAGAUGCCCCCAACGCAUUUUCCCGGACUCCCAAGAGCGCCAUCAUUGCUGGUGUAAAGUUUUACCGUACCAAGACAGGAAACCUAGUGGCGAAUCGAGUUGUCAACGACCAGCGGCGACGCGGCGUGGUCAAGAAGAUCAACGAGCCGUGCAAGAUCUUCUCAACGACUGGUAAUUUCUCUUUCCGAACCUGGAGCGACUCAAACGCCGUUUCCCUGGAUCUACCUGGUGCGUAUGGGACGAAACUGACAUACUACCCCUAUUUAGGAUCCUGUUCAAAGGGCCCUCGAUGCCGCUACAUGCACGACCCCAACAAGGUGGCCCUUUGUAAAGACUUUUUGAAAGAGGGGCGAUGCAUCAACGGCGAGUCUUGCGAUCUUUCCCAUGACAUGACUGCCGAGCGCACCCCCAACUGUUUGCAUUUUGCCAAAGGCCACUGCGCCAAGGCUGACUGUCCGUAUACUCACUCUAAAGCGUCUCCAGCUGCCCCGGUCUGUAGGGACUUUGGGUUCAACGGGUAUUGCAGCAAGGGGGCAGAAUGCGCUGAGCGCCACGUGUUUGAGUGCCCUGACUUUAGCAACACUGGAAGAUGUAGGGUCAAGGGGUGUAAACUGCCACACCGCGAAAGGGCAAGCGUCCUACGGAAUCAGAUCAAGGCAGAGGAUGAGCCCAUGGAAGACGUUUCGAGUGACGACGAGGCAGGCGACUCUGACGACGUUGAUUCAGACGAGGUUGCCGAGUUUAUCGACGCAGACUCGGACUGUGAGGACUUUGAGGAUCAGAAGGACUUUUUGUCCAUCUAG